UUACAUUUCUUUCUUUCUUUCUUUCCUUCAUAAAUUUGGGGUCUAGUCUAGGGUUCCUCCCUCCCUCUCUUUUACUGUUUAGUUUUUAUUCUUCUUAGAAAAAUAAUGGGGGAGUUUUGAGUGGUUCAACGCCGUGCUGAACUCAAUUUCUUUGUUUGGCUCUGAGGGUAAUUUAGCAAGUCAAGUGAAGUUGGAGGUUUGUUUGUUGGAGGUUGGAUCGGAAAACAAAGUGAAGACGGUGGUGGCGGAUUUCAAAUGCCGGAAGAGGACUUAAUUGAACUCAAAUUUCGGUUGUAUGAUGGAUCAGAUAUUGGUCCUUUUCAAUACUCACCCACUUCCACCAUAGCUAUCCUCAAAGAGAGGAUUGUUGCCGACUGGCCCAAAGAUAAAAAAGUUGCACCUAAGGUGGCAAAUGAUGUAAAAUUGAUAUGUGCUGGCAAAAUUUUGGAAAACAGCAGGACUGUUGGUCAAUGCAAGACACCUUUUGGCGAGCUACCAAAUGGUGUAAUUACCAUGCAUGCUGUUGUACAACCAUCUUUAGCUAAAGCAAAGUCAGAAAAGAAGAUUAUCGAGAACCCAAAUCAAAGCAUCUGUUCGUGCUCCAUAUUGUGAGAUUGUAAGUGAUUCAGUUUGAUCUUGUGGUAUCGUUGGGUUACCUGCACUGUGAAGUUUAGUCUGGACUCUGGAGCAAUAAUUUGUAUGAUACCUCAUUAUUACAUGUUUGUUGAAAAGCAUUUGUAACUAUUGCAUGUUCUUAUGAUCACGUUUGUUCUAUAAAGUUUGUAUCUUUAUACUUGUAGUCACAGAUUUCUCAUAUAAAAAAUACACAGAGAAGGCUGUGGAGACACGCAGAAGGAUUUUUAGCUGUAACUUUUUUUAUUAAUACUAACUUGUUUACCCUGGUCAUCACGUGUCUAUGUACUUGGACCAUCUUGUGAAGAAGAUGUAUGAUUAAAUAUAUUUAUGGAUUCA